AUGCCAGGAGAGCAGGAUCUGGCCGAUGGCCGUCUGGAUCGGAAUAAUGACCUGAAUACAAUCCAAGAAAAUAGAAGCGAGCCACCGAGACCCCAAAACCAACAAAACGACAUGAGACAAGACAGACAGCGACCACCACUGCAGUAUCGCAGCACCGGAUCACAGCGAGCGUCCCGAUACUCUCAACUCAGACGACGGCAGACGAACCAGACCAGUCGGACAAACCAGACAAGUCAGACGAAUCAAACGAUUCCUUCUCUUGCCGGCCCACGAGAACCUGACCCUAGCUCGACAUACGUUCAUCCAGAAUAUCAUGACAUGAAUCCCGACUAUGGGAAGACGAAUGAAGAGCCGAUCUGGGGUUUAGCGAAACCCCUUCCGCGCGUGGUCCGACCAGGCAUGCGCCGCCAUGAUGGUGGUGGGACAACGUCUGCCUACCCAACAGGACAAAAGGGAGAGUCAGAACCAGUGCCUGAGUUGGAGGCCACUCCAGACCAGGGAGACGAGCACGGACAAGAUGGGCGGGCGACCUCUGAUCCUCGGUCGGGCACCAAUGAUGAUACAAUGGUACACCAGGAAAUGUCAAAUGCGGAUGCCCCCGACAGAGUCUCACGUCCAGUAGAAGACGAGGUGACGGAGGAUGGGGGUAAGCCAUACGGGGGCGAGGCGGAGCAUUUCAACAAGUGGUCUAGGGUGCGACACAGACUGCGAGAGCCAUUUGCUGAAUGGCUAGGGACUACAGUGGCAAUGCUAAUUGGAUUAUGUGCAACUCUGGCAAUUUCGACCGGUGGAGGUGAGGCAGGCAACAAGCUCGCUCUUUACUGGGCAUGGGGACUGGCUAUUACCGUGGGAAUCUAUAUUGCCGGUGGGGUCAGUGGUGGCCAUCUAAACCCAGCGAUUUCCAUUUCCCUAUGGAUUUAUCGAGGCUUUCCAGGUCGGCGAUGUAUCUAUUAUGUGGUUGCUCAAAUUCUGGGGGCUCUCACGGCCGGUGGACUUGCAUAUUGCAUAUAUCGCGAUUCGAUUUUCCACAGUGGUUCCAACAGCGGUUCCGGCAUCACAAUGGGUGCUACUGGUCUGGGCUUCUAUACCGAACCCCUGACGUACGUCCGCAAUGUGACGGCGUUCUUUAACGAAUUUGUCGCUGCCGCUAUUCUAAUUUGUACAAUCUUUGCCAUGGGUGACGACAGCAAUGCACCGCCCGGUGCGGGUAUGCACUCGUUCAUCAUUGGCCUGUUGAUCUUUGUGUUAGCAAUCGGCUUCGGUUAUAACACUGGUGGAUGUUUCAACCCAGCCAGAGAUCUUGGCCCUCGCCUGGUGGCUCUGAUGGCAGGAUAUGGUGGAAGCACGUUCACCGAACGAGGGGGUUGGUGGUUUUGGGGAGCUUGGCUGGCUACCAUCUCUGGUGCCCUAGUAGGAGGCGCAGUGUAUGACAUUUUCAUCUUUAUUGGUGGAGAGUCUCCGAUAAACUAUCCCCGUACUCGUCGCCGGAGAUCCAAGCUGAAGAAGGAAGCGAAGUGGAGGAGAAGGCUCAAUCUGGGGCGACAGAGGCUUCCUAGUAUUGAAGAAGCAAUAAAAGAGCUCGAGCAAUAA